AUGUCGACAUGCAGCUCAAGCCCCACCGAUACCCAGAGUAGUGUUAUCUCUACGCAAGUUGUCUCAACAUCUGUGGGAUCGGUCGUUACUAGUGUCCCGACCCUUACAAGCUCAGCUGUAACGACUGUUUGCGCCGAGUUCAAUUCUAGUGCUCCUAUUGUAGGGGAGACGACGCUAUUUCCGGUGACAGCAGGAUCAGCCGUUUCUACCGUAUACAGCACGCUAUAUGGAACUGCAUGCUCUCCUCUUGAUACCACUACCACUGGACCAGACACUACCACCACCACUCCGCCUACGACUACUACGACGAGCACAACACCAACAACAACCUCCACGACUUCAACAUCGACUUCCACCUAUGUUACCGUCUCGACACCUCCCCCGACUGUCUUUACUUCCGAAACAUCAAUGACUCUUGCUGGCGGCGAAGUCACAGUUUCAAUAGUAACCCUCACCUCAGCAUUAGCUGCCACAACAGUAACUUCAGCUGCUGCCGUUAGCUCUUCCACAGCAGCUCCCGCCCCUAGCUCCACCAACAUCGGCGCUAUAGUCGGGGGCGUAGUAGGAGGCGUCUGUGGCCUCGCCCUACUAGCCCUAAUCAUCUGGUUCAUCCUAAAACGUCGAAAGAGAUGGGACGACAUCUUUGACGACCUCGAUGACCAGGUCGCUGCGAACACCGGUACGGGGGGCAACGAUCGAUUUUCCCUCGGGCGCGAUUUGGACGUGGAGCCUAAACCGUACGAGUAUGGGACGGUCGGUGGGAAUACCCUCCCGUCCCUCAACGGCGUUUCUCCCCCGCAUUCGCCUCCCAUGACUGGACAGCCGAUGAUGCCUGUGUACCCUGAUGGGUAUGACCAACAGAGGUUGGCGGCUAUUUCGCCGUUGACUGGGGACCCUUCUCGGACGCCUUCGAUUACCUCCAAUAACAUGGCUAUGCAAGCUGGUUCUUCCUCGCGUCCCACUUCGUCGGAUUCUGGAUACUUCAAUCGUGCUCAGGCUGAGCGGAGGUUGCAUAUCGUCAAUCACGAUGCUACUGUGGCUGGGCAAAGGGCGUCUGUGAUGAGUCCACCGGCGGAUAUUUAUUCGAGCGAGGGGGUGAUUGAGGAGGGUGACGCAGGGUGGGUCGGGCCGGGAAGGGAAGACGCAGGAGUUCGGCAGCUGCAGUCCCAGGUGGGAAGCCUGGCUUUGGUUCAUUUGGAUGGGGCGAGAGCACAACAAGAGGCAGAAGCUUCGCAUCAUGCUGGAGGGGAGCUUCCUCCGCCUGCCUACUCUGAGAGUUGA